AUGAGUAGUAGGGGUAUGCUAACUAUAACAUAUGCACUAGAUGAACAAAUUCAAGAUUGGAAGGGGGAAAGUGGCGAAAUUGAUCAAGAAAUGAUUUUAGAUUGGUUAAAUUCAAAGGCAAGUAACUUGAUUGUCAAUAAUAACAAUAGCAGCAACGAUUAUGAAAUCAUCAACGACAACAAUAAUAUAACUGUACCAAGUUCUUCUACUAGUCCAAAUUCUUCAACUAAUCCUACUAGUCUACUACCAUAUAAAAAACAUCCAUCAUAUGUUGCUUCAUCCACUGAUAAAAAUAAGAAGCCAAAUUCUGUACAAUUUAUUGAUGAUAACAAUACAACAAAUACAGCAAAUUCACCAAUAGCUAGUAGAAGUCCAUCACGAACUAAUACUCCUUUAUCAUAUGUUGCUUCAUUAACUGACAAAAAUAAGAAGCCAAAUUCUAUACAAUUUAUUGAUGAUAACAAUACAAUGAAUACAACAAAUUCACCAAUAGUUAGUAGAAGUUCAUCACGACUUGAUACUCCUUUGUCAUAUGUUAGCUCAUUAACUAAUAAAAAUAAGAGGCCAAAUAUUAUGCAAUUUAAUGAUAGUAACAAUACAACGAAUACAACAAAUUUACCAACAGUUAGUAAUCCUAACGAUAGCAACACUAAUACAGAUACAGUAUAUUUACCAGUUACCAAUAAUGUUUAUAGAACAUCAAUCAAUCCCGAAAGUGCUUUAAGUCAUAAUUAUAUUGAUUCAAGUCAAAGUCCAUCGCCUGUCGAUAUAAAUGGUGAUUCUGAAAUUGAUAGUCAAUUUAGUGAAACGUAUAGUAGUACUGCCGAUGAUAAUAAAAAACCUAAACUUGAUCCUAACAGUAAAAUAAUUGUUUGUGGACAACCUGGUAUGAUAAAUGUAGUUGAGAAAUCGUUAAAAAAUCUAGGUUUUACUGAGGAUGAUUUUAUAUUGAUAACAUAG